ACACGCGGUGCCAUGCGACUAACUUAGACGUGGAUCCGAUCUCGAGCGAACUUGACCCGAUGAUGUGGAUUCCGAAUCAAACACGAAACUUGAUCUUCGAUCAUGCCUAGGAGAGCCCCAUGGUCGGUCAGUCAUAUAGAACAUGUCUCGGGCCAAUGAAUGGCCGAAUUUACCUCCUCUUCCUCUGUCUUAUCAAGACUUUCUUCGUCGUGGAAGGCUAUUAAUUGCACGUACACACAAAUACAAGCAUCAUGAAUGGCCUUUACCGCGAGAAUGGCUGGUUCGGCAAAGAGCCAUGGUGGAAGGAUGCUACUUUCUACCAAGUUUACCCAGCAAGCUUUAAAGAUUCCGAUGGUGAUGGCUGGGGGGACAUCCCAGGCCUUAUCUCCAAGAUAGACUAUCUUCAUCAGCUCGGCGUCGAUGUAGUGUGGUUAUCGCCGGUUUUCGAAAGCCCUCAAGCCGAUAUGGGCUACGAUGUAUCGGACUACCAGAAAAUCUACGCGCCGUAUGGAACUGUCGACGACGUCGAUGCGCUCAUAGAAGCAUGCCAUUCCAGAGACAUGAAGUUGAUCCUCGACUUGGUGGUGAAUCAUACUUCCGUCGAGCAUGAGUGGUUCAAGGAAUCCCGUUCGUCAAAGACCAACCCGAAGAGGGAUUGGUACAUCUGGAAACCGGCACGGUACGACGCGCAGGGCCAACGGGUCCCACCAACAAAUUGGCGAGGGUAUUUCGCUAGUUCCACCUGGACUUGGGAUGAAAAUACUGAGGAAUAUUACCUGCAUCUCUAUGCGCCCGAGCAGCCAGAUCUUAACUGGGAAUCGAAGACAUGCCGCGAGGCGAUCUAUGAGAAUACGAUGCGAUUUUGGCUCGAGCGUGGCGCGGAUGGAUUUAGGAUCGAUACUGUCAAUAAAUACAGCAAACGCACCGAGUAUAUCGAUGCGCCGAUUACGGAUUCAAACUCGCCGUGCCAACCGGCCCCGGAGAUGUGGUGCAAUGGGCCACGUAUCCACGAGUUCAUUCAUGAGAUGCGGGCGAAAGCGCUCGAACCCUACGGAGCUGUCUCCGUUGGCGAGCUAUCAAACACGCCGCAUCCUAGUCAGGUCCUGCCGUACGUGUCGGCAGCAGCGGAGGAACUGGACAUGGUUUUUGAAUUUUCCAUGAUUCGUUUAGGAACUGGCGGCAUGUUCGGUCCCAAAUACACGUAUGUGCCGUUUACCUUGCCGCAAAUGAAAGCAAUCGUCGCAAAAUGGCAAACCUUCAUCGAAGGUACGGACGGGUGGACAACGGUAUUCUGUGAGAAUCACGAUAACGGGCGAGCGGUGAGCCGAUUUGGCGACUGCUCCACACCCGAGCUUUGGCGAUCGAGCGCAAAAGCUCUCGCGCUCUGGCAAGCCACGUUGACAGGGACACUCUUCCUUUACCAGGGUCAGGAAAUCGGUAUGACAAACAUGCCAGCCACGUGGGAUAUCGACGAGUACAAAGACGUGGAGAGCUUAAACUUUUAUGCCGAGGCACUGGCCUCCGGGGACGAGAAGACGGUUGCAGACACGAUGCAUGGCUUGCGCAUCCUAGCCCGUGACCACUCGCGAAUUCCUUUUCAAUGGGAUGACUCCCCUAAUGCUGGUUUCGCGGAAGAAGGUGUCAAGACGUGGAUGCGGGUCCACGAUGCCUACCCAAAAAUCAAUGCCGCAAAGCAAAUGGCGGAUCCGAAUUCGAUCCUGAAUUUUUACAGACAGAUCCUACAACUUCGGAAGAGAUAUAAGGAUUUAUUCGUAUUUGGAACUUUUCGAUUGUUGAAGGCCGAAGACAAGGCGAUCUUCGCAUACGUAAAGGAGAGUUCCCUUACGAUUCAAGAUCCCCAACCGCGGACGAACGGAUAUACUUCGAACGGCCUUGUCGGGAAGAAAAGAGCAGCGCUAGUAAUGCUCAACUUUUCCAGUAGUGAGCAGGACUGUAUAGACGUCAGGGAUAUAUUAGGAUGUGGUGUUGGAGAGGUUGCAAGGCUACUAAUUAGUACGCGACAAGAGCUUGAUGGUGAGGGAUGGAAGCUUAGAAGUGACACUAUAUUACCAGCUUUAAAGCCUUGGGAAGGACGUGUUUAUGUCAAUUUCAACUAGAAUUUCAACCGGAUACAUGUGUGUGUCCAGAGUUGUUCUAAAUGGGGAGAAACAAUUGAGAACACUCUGAAUCUAAUGUAUGUAUAAAAGGAAACGAAAAGAAAGUUUCAGUUUCUAAA